UUUUUCAACUUCCGGCUGCAUCGUCCUCUGGAAAUACAACAAUGGGCAGUGUGUUGGCAGCCACCUCCCCAACCCAGCCUCCCCCAGCCACAGGGAGCGCUGUUCCUCCAGGCCUCACGGUUCCUCCAGGAUUUGGGAUGCCACCGGUCUCCUCUGUACUGCCCUCAUCAGCCCCUCCAGAGGAAACGGAGACCUCUUUACCAAAUCCAGGGGGCUUUGAGGAGUGCCAUCGAAAAUGCAAAGAGGUCUUCCCGAUGCAGAUGGAGGGAGUGAGGCUACUUGUCAACAAAGGGCUGAGUAAUCACUUUCAGGUGAGUCACACAGUGAUGCUCAGUACAAUGGGAGACUCGAGCUACAGGUUUGGGGCCACGUACGUCGGAUUAAAGCAGACAGGUCCUGCAGAGUUUUUCCCUGUUAUGGUGGGGGACAUGGAUAACACUGGAAGUCUUAAUGCUCAGAUCAUUCACCAGGUCAGCAGCAGGAUACGGUCCAAACUCGCAUUUCAGACACAACAGAACAAGUUUGUAAACUGGCAAGGAGAUGCAGAGUACAGAGGAGACGACUUCACUGCAACGGUUACUCUCGGAAAUCCAGAUGUUCUUGUGGGAUCUGGUCUUGUUGUAGCUCAUUAUCUUCAGUCUAUCACUCCGUCUCUUGCUCUGGGCGGAGAACUGGUCUACCAUCGCAGACCAGGAGAAGAGGGCUCUGUCAUGUCCCUGGUCGGCAGAUACACAGGCAGUAACUACGUUGCCACACUGACCCUCGGGGGGGCUGGAGCACACGCCUCAUAUUACCAUAAAGCCAAUGACCAGUUGCAGAUGGGAGUGGAGUUUGAAGCCAGCACUCGGAUGCAGGACACCAGUGUUUCUUUUGGAUAUCAGAUAGACGUGCCUAAAGCCAAUCUACAGUUCAAAGGCUCCAUAGACAGUAACUGGGUGGUUGGUGCUACAUUAGAGAAGAAGUUGUUGCCUCUUCCUCUUUCCCUGGUCCUCUGCUCCUUCCUGAACCAUCGUAAAAACAAGUUUCAGUGUGGAUUCGGCGUCACCAUUGGUUAACGGUGCAUUUUUGGACCUCAUAGAAAAACGGACAGACUAUAACCGUCCAUCACACCACUGCAGCAGAUGAGAUGAUGGUGUCAAUAUGUGCUACUGUGAUGUAAUCAAGACCAAGGUACAAGGACAGGCCCAAGGGAUGGUCCAGUAUUUUAUAAAGAUAUACACUCACCUGAAGGAUUAUUAGGAACACCAUACUAAUACGGUGAUUGACCCCCUUUCGCCUUCAGAACUGCCUUAAUUCUACGUGGCAUUGAUUCAACAAGGUGCUGAAAGCAUUCUUUAGAAAUGUUGGCCCAUAUUGAUGCCAUCUUAACCUGUAAAGAUUUAAUCAUAAAUACUUAAAACACAACAAAGCAGGACAUCUAAUCAGAAGUUAAGAAAUGUGUAUAGAUAGAAAAUUAUAUGCCUCAUAAAUGGAAAAUUAUAGAAUUGCAUUGGCAAAGUACUGCACUGAUAUAUUAGAUAUAUCACUGAUAAUAAUAAAUAAGGAUUUGAAAAAUGUUUAGCUAGAAUGUAGAAGAUGUACUUAAAAAUAUUUAUGUGAAAAGGAUACCACAUAAAAUGCAUUUUCUAUUAAACUAUUAUGUAUAAUAGCUGACUAUAGUUAGUCCAUGUACAGAAUAUGGACAACAGUAAAUGAGAACCAGAAUUAAGAAUGACUUCAAAAAGAUGGCUGUGUAUCCAUGGUAUUUGUAUCAUACAGGGAAAGCUGCUCCAGUUGUCAGGUUUAAAAAGGCACAUAGGGCCAACAACAUGGACAGGGCCACAAAGGUUAGUAGUUUUAGAAUGAUCUUGAUCUUAGUUUCUUUGAUACUACCUUGUGGUCUUAAACUGACCGUUAAUUUAUGUUGAAAAUUACAUUGUAUUGUCAAAAAAAAUCUGUUUUAAAUUUUAGGAGUGUGACAGCCCACAUGUCUUCCUCUUCUGUUCAACCAUCUACCUCAAUCCAAUAGAUCUUACCUUAGUUUUAGUAGCACAAGUUUUUGACUCCUUGUGCUUCUAUUGCUAAUAACUAUGCUCUGAAAAAAUAGAAAAUACGUUUUCCAUGCAGCAAACUUGCAACUGCCUACAAAAUGCUGGUCUAUCACUUACCUUCUACUUUAUUUAUUUCAUUUCUUCAGUGAAAAAAAUACCACCCCCUCCCUAUGUAUGAGUAUUGGUCUUGAUUACAACACUUAUUACAUGCACUGAAAAAAAUGUAUCCACUGAUCUAAAUGACUACAGUUAAUUUAAACCUGACCAACUGCCUGUAUAGUCUCAUUGUGAAGCCAGAACUCGGUGCCUGUCACGUGUUUUUUUUAAUUAUUUUUUUCCAGUUUCUGUCUUUGGCAUGAUGUGAAUGAACUCAUUUUACUGAAGUUUACUGGGGACGGUUGAACGGUUCAUGCUCUUUUUCACAAUCCAUCUGUGUUUUUGUUGCCUUUUUAUGUUGCGUUCAUGUGAAGUCGUGAAUAUAUAACUAUAUAUAAACAUUGGAAACAAGUAAAGAACAAUUUCUUAGU